GAGCAUGCCGGGAGUUGUAGUUCCGGUUUCGGUUGCUAUGGCGUUCGUCACAGCCUCCCCCAGAUCUGUCGUCCUGCGGUGUGACGGGCUUUCUGGCCAAUGGCAGUACUGUUUGGGCCCGAGAAGGCGGGCUCUCUGCAGAAGGACUGGGAAGGUGGCGGCGGCGGCGGCGGCGAAGGCGCUGGCGGUUGAGGGUGCUCGGAGGCAGGAGACUCUCCCUGUUACAGACGAUAACUUUGUGAGACUCCAAGUUAAAGCUUGUGCUCUGAGCCCCAUAAACACAAAGCUUCUGGCAGAAAUGAAGAUGGAAAAAGAUCUUUUCCCUGUUGGAAGAGAAGUUGCUGGAAUUGUAUUAGAUGUUGGCAGUAAGGUAUCAUUCUUUCAACCAGAUGAUGAAGUAGUUGGAAUUUUGCCCUUGGAUUCAGAAGACCCUGGCCUCUGUGAAGUCAUUCAAGUACAUGAGCAUUAUCUGGUUCAUAAACCGGAAAAGGUUUCGUGGACAGAAGCUGCCGGAGCCAUUCGGGAUGGUGUCCGUGCCUGCACAGCUCUGUAUUACCUUUCUCAUCUCUCUCCUGGAAAGUCCGUGCUCAUCAUGGAUGGAGCAAGCGCAUUUGGCACAAUAGCCAUUCAGUUAGCACACCAUAGAGGAGCCAAGGUGAUUUCCACAGCAUGCAGCCUGGAAGACAAGCAACAUCUUGAGAGGAUUAGGCCUUCUAUAGCCCGCGUGAUUGAUGUGUCUAAUGGGAAAGUCCAUGUUGCUGAAAGCUGUUUGGAGGAAACAGGUGGCCUGGGAGUAGAUAUUGUCAUAGAUGCAGGAGUGAGAUUAUAUAGUAAAGAUGAUGAACCAGCUGUAAAAUUACAACUACCACAUAAGCAUGACAUCAUCACACUUCUUGGUGUUGGAGGCCAUUGGGUAACAACAGAAGAAAACCUUCAGUUGGACCCUCCAGAUAGCCACUGCCUUUUCCUCAAGGGAGCAACGGUGGCUUUCCUUAAUGAUGAAGUCUGGAAUUUGUCAAAUGCACAACAGGGAAAAUAUCUUUGCAUCUUAAGAGACGUGAUGGAGAAGUUAUCGGCUGGUAUUUUCAGACCGCUACUUGAUGAGCCCAUUCCGCUGUAUGAGGCAAAAGCUUCCAUGGAAAUUGUUCAGAAAAAUCAAGAAAGAAAAAAGCAAGUUGUUCAAUUUUAAUUUUCUUUCCCAGACCUCAGUUGGAUGUACCCAUACCAGUAUAUGAAGCCAGUUUUCUUUGGAAAUUGUUGAGAAAAAUCAAGGAAGAUCAAACAAGUUUUUCUAUUUUUAAGCCUGUUUUCCUGCCAUAAUAAGAUGCUUGGUUAUUUGACAUAUUUGAAAAAUACUUGCAAAAUUAUUGUGCAAAAAAAUCCAGAUUUUUUUUAAUAUCUGAAGGGGAUAUUCCAAAAACCUUUUUUUGUUAUUGUAUCUAUACAUUUGCCUCUGCUAUAAAAUUCUUUCCAUAAAGAAAACUGCUUUCAGCAAAAGCCACACUAUUCUAUCAAUACAUCCGUCACAAGCUUUUGCUAUACCAUGAAAAUGUUAUUUGAUUUUGCAUCAACUCCAUUCUCAACACCUUCCUUAACAAGCCUUUGCUGUCAUUAUUUUAGCAUUUGAGUGUAUUUUCCGAUUUCAAAGUAAUCCAUUGGCCUUUAAAAUUUUUUAAAAACAUUCA